AUGGCGCCGAAUGAGUCUGACCGACUGGCCAGAAAGCCUUCGUCUCGACGCGCCGACUCAUCCUCGGCCCCGUCAGCAACGGCACUCCGACUCUCCACUUCCACCUCCUCUACCGAGUCCGGCUGCCUCAGACCUGCAGACUCAUUUGUCACUUUUGGCCACAAACGAAGAGCACAUUCCUUCCGUCCAAAGAGUGAAUUGCCACUCGCAGACGAGACAAUCUGCUUGUGUUGA